AUAAGAAAGUAACUGAAAUAUAUGUUCCUAAAAUAUGGAUCCGAAGUGGAACGUUAGUGGAGUAUGAAGCUCUCGGGGAUUGUCCGAAAUACGAUUCGACUGAAGCAUGUCAUGGAUCAACACCACCGAAAACAAGGUGUAUAUGGUGUGAAACAGCCAAUAUGUGCAUUACCAGAAGUGAUGAGGAUACUUAUGAAUUCAAAGUAAAUGGUUGCAAGAAUAAAAACAUCGAUACAGAUAAAACAACAUCUGAAGACACUGAGGAUGGAAUACUACUGGAAUACUUUUACUUCAAUUACCAUAUCUUACGUCGUUCCGCAUUGUUUUUAUGGUCUUUGGUAUUCGGCUAUAAUGCUACAUAA